GGCUUGUCUAAGAGAGGCCUAUGAUCUGGACUUCCUGUUUGCUGAGCAGCAGGCUAACGUCAUGCUGCAGGAUUCGUCUGCUGCUACCAACCAGGCAUAAGAGACGUACAGGGGAAUUCUUAGAAGCCCUUUAAUCUGGCUUUCAAAUCCAAAACAACUCUGGUACACAUUCCUGCUCUGACUUUCAUCCUGUAUAGAGGUCACCAUGGCAACCGAGCCCCAGUCCAACAAGGGGCAACCAGGAUUUGGCCCCAGUAAACGCCUGGUGGCUAUGUUCAGGGCCUGCUCCAGAGAUCCAACUGAGGAGAUUAAAACAAGACUGAGACGUAUGCUGGACACAUUUCUGCAACACCACAGGGACAAUGCAGGAAAUGAGAACACCAAUGAACUGACAAAAAAGUGCUGCUGUAAUGCCCAGGAAUUGUACUACAGGUUCUUGGAAACCCUGGCCAUUCAAGAGAGGGAAAGGAAAGGCAUCAUUGACAUUUCAGGCAUCUUGGGGAAUGGGCUUUUCCAGUCCUGUCUGGUGGCCUGUUGUCUGGAGAUCACCAUAUCCACAAACCGUCUACCGUGUGACUUCCCUCUGCUCCUUCAGAUCUUAAAACUGGCACCAUACCACUUUCUGAAGGUGAUUGAGCCGGUGUUGCGGGCCGAAGGGGACCUGUCUCGUCCUGUUUUUAGACACCUUGCCCAAGUAGAAGAAAAAAUUCUGGAGAGCUUGGCCUGGACCAGCCACUCACCACUGUGGGAGGACAUCAGAGCCAAUGAGGGCCACCUGCCCACCUGCCAACAGGCGAUACCUCCUACAGAGCUUGAAGAUCCAAAGCAAACAGUCUUUCAACCUGACAGAAACCAACCAGUGGAUCUCAGUUUGGGUGCUAAACCAUCUACCAGCACUGAACAACAGCGUUCCCCAUCAGCUGUAAACAGAUCUUGGAGAAGCAACUCCCUCCAUUUUUUUGCUGUCAAGAUCUACAAGUUGAUGGGAAAGCGUCUGAAGGAGCUGUGUUCAACGCUGGUCUAUUGUGAUGAGCUGCGUCUGAAGAUCUGGACCUGUUUUGAGUACUCUCUGGUCCACUGCACUGAGCUCAUGGUAGAUCGUCACCUGGAUCAACUGCUCUUAUGUGCCAUUUUCCAUACAACUAAGAUAAGCACACUGGAUACACUCUCCAAACGCAUAAUGAAUUGCUACAAGUCUCAGCCACUUGCCAGCAAAAGUGUCUGCAAAGACGUGCUGAUUUCAGGAGGAGAUGCAGAAAAUCCUCUCACUGGAAAAAACAGCCACUCUACCUGUGCCCUUCCAACAGAUUCUGCCCUUUCUGCACCUUCUGGGGAAGUUCAGAGAUCACAGAGCACAAAAAAUAAUGGAGACCACAGCAUCAGUAUCCUGACCCCCAAUACACCAUCAACACAUUAUCCAGGACCUCGUCAGGAGGAGAGAGGCGAUUUUUUUGACUUUUACAUCAAGGUCUACGAGACAAAAAUGCAGCACUUUGCCCUGCAGUUUGGAGGAAACAGUCCUCCCUUGUCUCCAUAUCCACGACAGCGGAAAGUGUCUCCUCGCAGACAGCUGCUGUCCAGCAGCUAUAAGCUACCACUGGAUAGAGACGAGGAAGAGCGGGGAGAAGGGGAGGAAGACGAAGAUGGUCCUCCAGCAAGGAGGCUUCGUUCGGAUGGUCAGUCAGCCUUGCAGAGGCGACUAGGGGAUGUGAUAAAUGAUCGUGUGAGAAGUCGGGACCAGGACCAACCAUCUCCAGUUAUAAGGCCUAACCUAUAGUAGAGUGGAGAGUAGCAGGUCGUAUGUUUCUGAGGCUGUAAUAACAAUGUCAGGUGUUAGAGGAAAAGCACAGAGCAGCUUUGUCUUCCCUUACAGGUAUCUGUUAAGAAUUCCUUUGGGCUAAAUUCUUUGACAGCUCUAAGUAUUGUAUCCUGUCUCAGCUAAAAUUAUGCCUCUUUGCUCUUUUGCUCUGUACUAUCUCUGACACUUACUGUCCUUGAAUAAGACACCUAACCUUCAGCUCAGUAGCCAAUGGUAAAAGAUUGUAGUCGCGUCGGCCAGCUCCCGGGUGGAGGUGCAUGAUGUACGAAUCUGAAGUAGGGCAUGGCUGGAAAGUGCUCAGUUGACAUUCCUUAAAAUUGUGGGACAAACUUGGCUGCCUCUAACAGCACUUAUGGGGACGAAGUGUACGCACAUGGCCGUAAUGAGUACCUGAUUUUAUUUGGCUAAAUUCUGAUUAGGUGAGGGAUGAUACUACUUGAUCAGUGCAAGCCAUUUUAAAGCAUUUUUAAUCUGUUUUUAUCCUGUAAUGAUAUUUUCUUAAAUAUACAUUCAAAUUUUUAAAAGACAAACUUAUUUUAGUCUGUGUGACACCCCUAAACGUACUUUAAUCAAUUCUGGUUGUUUUAAAUUGAGCAUAGCGUUAGUUCAGGCAGGACACUAUGUCAAGCUCAGCUCACAUCCCAGCUACAUCAGCUGAUCUCAAACAGCCCGAUCAACUGAUGAAGCAGCUGAUUGAUGGAAGGGAGUCAGCUGAUAUAUCACAUGAUUCCUUUCUAUGCAACCAAUUGGCAAAUUCUUUCAGGGCGCCCUAUUCAAACUGCUCUGGCCUGCCUACUGUUACUGCUUCCUCUGCAAGCCAGGGAGGUUUGCCUGCCUCAGGCUUUCCUCAUUUGCACGUGGAAGGGCAGACAGGUGUGCCCUUUUUGCCUUUAGGCUUUCCACGUAGGCACGUGGGAGAGGCUUUCUGCGUAGGCCCGAAGAAAGUCAGAGGGGCCCCAGAACAGAGCCAUACCACCAAAUAUAAUACUGCAAAUGGAAAUCAAGUUUUCUUUGACUGAAGUGUUUCUGACUGAACUAAAUCUUUUGUGUGGAGACCCUACUUUACUGGUCACAUUUACUCAGCCAGUUUGUAGGGCUGCUCGAUUAAUCGAAUUUUAAUCUAGAUUACGAUUUGGGCUUGCAACGAUUAUGAAAUCCAAAUAAUCGACAUUAAACGAUUAUGCGCUUCUUGUCAGUUUACUCUCAUUGUCUUGUGUUGCAAAUCAAACGCACCCGGAAGCCGCGCAUGCGCAAUACUGCCCCCUCCCCUCCUCUCCUCUAUUCACUCCACGAUGUGGAGUAGGUGAACUACGAAUAAUGUGAGUGGCAGGUGAUCGCUGAAGAUUUCAAAAACAGCGUGCGGAAAAUGGCAGAGGAAGAGCGAGAGAAGUUGGUCUGCGUGCGUGCGCGUGCGUGCAUGCGUGCGCGUGCGUGCCGCAGUGCGCGAUACAGAGAGAAUUGUAAACACGCAACCAUGUGGAGACUGAAAUGACAUGCCGUCGUGUAAAUAAGUCAUCACGUGUGCCGCAUAAUUGUUUGCAUAAUCGUGAUUUCAAUUUUGACCAAAAUAAUCGUGAUUAUGAUUUUUUCCAUAAUCGAGCAGCCCUACCAGUUUGUGACAACGAACGUUGAAGCGUUGGGCACACCCUGCCCAUUCCAUGAGCAAACGUCCACAGGGUGACACAAAACAAACAUGGAUAUUGACGUGAUAUUUUUUAUUAUUUUGUUUUUUCCACACUACAGUGAGUGGUUGAAAAUGUUGUUAAAAGAUGCUGUUAAAUCAAAACAUUGCCAUUCAUUAAAUCAUUGUCUUUAUUCUUAAACAAGAUUUUUUACAGAUAUUACCAGCAGAGACUGUUUGGAUUCAGUUGAAUGUCCACAUUAAAUUGUAUAUACUGGUUUACACUCUGCUCUUUAUCCCUUUUUAUAAAGCUAAUGAGAAGCAACCAUGAAAUCUGUUUCUGCCUCGCGGAGAAGCAUUACCUAAUGACCAAACAGCAAAGGGACUCACUCCUGUAAUAUUUUAAUAAACAUCACUGGUUUUCAUUUCUCUGUCUUCACCUCCACUGUCAAACAGAGCUGUGUAUCUACCAAACUACUGACCUACAGUUUUUGUUUCCUCAGACCCUGCAGACCUGUAAUUAAGGAUCUGCUCCAACAUUAGCUGACUGGUGAUAAUAAAAUUCAUAAAUUCCUCUGACUGAAUGCGAGCAGAAACUCCCAGCACAUCCAUUGUUGGUAACCAUGGCUGCCCUGUGAUUGACACACAAUCCCUUUCUGUGUUUAUCAGUAACCAUGUUUUGGCAUGCUACUGAGUUAAUUCUCAACCAAUGUUGCUUAGGAGGUAAUUACAAAGAGGCAGUGCAGCCAGCAGACAAAGGCUCGUAAAAUAAAACCAACACACAGUCAGGUGCCCAAACCCGACAGGAAGUCUCGAGGUUGCCAUAGAGAACAAAGGCACCUGAGCCCACAACACUUAAACAGGUCUUAAGGUUACGACCAGUGUUUUUACACUCUACACACCUCUGGACUCCCAUCAGCUCAACAGGGCACUGUAAACUCCUAGAUUUCGUCAAAUUAUGGGUUGCAACACAAGCCGGGGCACCACGGUGGUGGACCCUUCUGAGAAGCCAGAGGAGAGGCCGAAGACAGCCACUUCCACCAAGGAGGCGUCUACAGAGGAAACCAAUGGAACAACGGAGAAAGACGGGGUUGAAAAAACGGAGAGUUCCAGCUGAGUGCCAUAUCUACACCUCAUCCUUAACUCCUCUCAAGAUUGGCCUGUCCUGGGUGAAGGAGGGCCUGUCAGCGGGAGGAGGAGACGCAGCACUACUGUCCAUCAACCUCUGUGUCGUCUGGGCCAGCCACAUACACACAUGCACACAUGAAUACACACACUCCGGAAGAAAUCUAGCUCUUAUGUUCAUAUUCCAGAAACUAUUUUGUGAUAAAUACACUGAUUCACAUAU